AUGGCCGGAGAACUCUGUCAUGAAGGUAAUGUUUCGAAAACCCCCUUCACAUCUUACCGAGGAUGCCGCCACUCGGAAAUCCUUUCCGUUGCUCUGGACCCGAUCUCCUCAGGUUCAGGGGAGGUAUUAACGCAUUCUGCCAAGGCGGGAGAAAAUCAAAUAAAAGUGCAAGUGGUGUGGGAAGCAUUGGGCUUGAAAUGCAUGUAUGUCCAUGCAAAAAUCAACACCAUCAAAUUAGCGUCGCGUUAUCUGGAACCAAUGGAAACUGAACAGAAAUUCGGUGGCGUGCUCGCCAUGCACGGAAGAAACGCAAUGAUUCUCUUUCAAGCUUCGAAAGCGAUCACGAAGCUUUCGCUUCGCAUCGAAGAAGCUAAAAAGCACGAGAAGGAUUAUUUCCAAGGUUACCUGUUCUCCACUUGGUGA